GAAAAAGAUGUAUCAUGUUAUGAAUUUAAACUUCUAAAUUGUGAUGGCGACUUAGCAUUCGACCUCACAAAAGAUAUUCAAGCCGGGUCCGUCCCUAAAGGAAACCACGCAUUCUUUACUGAACAAUUUAAUGGCAUUAAGUGUCCUAACGAUCUUAAAGGUUUCACCCUUGUUAUUGAGAGUGAUGGCAAAGAAGUCGGACGAUCAACAAUCUCGUAA